GCAUAAGAAAUGGUGGGAUGCAAGAAAUUGAAGAAUGUAUACAAAAUAUUAAUUAUAUCUCGUAUUAUUAAACCAGUUAAUCGGUAUAUAUAUAGUAACCGGUUCGAAGUUUGUAAACCGAAACCUAAGCAAUGGCGUGGUUGGUGAGAAAUAUACAUGCUCUCCUUUCAUGUCUUCUUUUCCAACAAUUAUUUUAUACGUCAAGUGGCCCGGUUCUAUAUAGAAGAAGAAAAUUAUUAAUUACAUAAUGACGAAAAUAGUCGACAAAAAAAUGGAGUUGUUAAGUUCGUGACAACCAGUAAUGUGGACGUACAUGGCACAUAAAGCGAUGUAAACGGAGUUAUUGAGUGAAUUAAGUCAACGAUAUAGUAUUGGAGUUGAAAUGAAAGAGGAUUACAAUGUUUUAAAAUAAUUGACGCAUGCAUGGUGGUUUAAUGGUAAAAUAAACCAUCCUGGAAGCGAGAGGGACCGUAAUUAGAACGUUUCUAGCUUCUGAGUUUUGCUUCAUGAGAUUAGAUGAUGAUUUAUAAUUUUCCAGAAGAUCGGCGAUGGGAGAGAGAGACGACGAAACAGGAGGUGUAGAGAAGGCAAGGAUUCCUCUGUUAAGGGAUCGAAAUGAAGAGGAGGAAGAGAAAGAUAUAUUGGUGGAGACGAAGAAGCUAUGGCGUAUUGUUGGACCAGCCAUAUUCACCAGAAUCACCACCUACUUGAUCCUCGUCAUUACUCAGGCCUUUGCCGGCCACCUCGGCGAGCUUGAACUCGCCGCUAUCUCCAUCGUUAACAACGUCAUCAUCGGCUUCAACUUCGGCCUCCUUCUAGGAAUGGCGAGUGCGUUGGAAACGCUGUGUGGUCAAGCGUUCGGAGCGAAAAAAUACAACAUGUUAGGAGUGUAUUUGCAGCGGUCUUGGAUUGUUCUCUUCUUAUUCGCCAUCUCGCUUCUCCCUAUGUACUUCUUUGCAACUCCGAUUCUUAAGUACUUGGGCCAGCCUGAUGACAUCGCCGAACUCUCUGGUACCAUCGCAGUUUGGGUUAUUCCUAUCCAUUUCGCAUUUGCCUUCGUUUUCCCUCUCAAUAGAUUCCUCCAAUGCCAGCUCAGGAAUGUGGUGAUUGCAAUAGCAUCUGGAGUGGCACUUGUAGUUCACAUAUUUGUGUGCUGGCUUUUUGUGUACGUUCUUGAACUUGGAGUCAUAGGGACCAUGGCUACUGUUAACGUCUCAUGGUGGUUCAAUUUACUCGUCUUAUUUACUUACACCACUUGCGGUGGUUGUCCGCUCACUUGGACUGGUUUCUCCAUCGAAGCUUUCACAGGACUAUGGGAAUUCGCUAAGCUCUCUGUCUCUUCCGGUAUCAUGAUUUGCUUGGAGAAUUGGUAUUAUAAGAUUUUAAUCCUGAUGACUGGAAAUCUGAAGGAUACAAAAAUUGUUGUCGACUCCCUGUCUAUAUGCAUGUCGAUAAAUGGACUGGAGCUGAUGAUUCCAAUUGCUUUCCUCGCUGGGACCGGCGUACGAGUGGCAAAUGAACUAGGGGCAGGCAGUGGGAAACGAGCAAGAUUUGCAAUGAUCGUAUCAGUGACACAGUCCUUACUCAUCGGAAUAAUAUUUUCCGUGCUCGUUGUAUUUCUUCAUGAUCAAAUCGGUUGGAUCUUUUCUUCAAGUGAAACCGUCAUAAAAGCAGUCAAUGAUCUCUCUAUUCUUUUAGCUUUUACCAUUCUUCUCAACAGUGUCCAACCGGUUCUUUCGGGUGUGGCCAUUGGUUCAGGUUGGCAAUCAUUCGUGGCAUAUAUAAAUUUGGGAUGCUAUUAUUUCAUCGGACUUCCACUUGGAUUUGUCAUGGGUUGGAUUUUCAAAUCUGGUGUUAAGGGCAUUUGGGGCGGUAUGAUAUUGGGAGGAACUGGGAUUCAAACAUUGGUAUUGAUAUUUUUAGUUGUGAGAUGUGACUGGGAAAAAGAGGCACAAAAGGCAAGUGCGCGCGUUAGAAAAUGGUCGACCUCAAACUCAGAGGCAAUAAAUUGAAAAUUGCAUAAUUUGUGUACAAUAGUAGAAUUAUACUCCAUAAAGCUAGGCCGUGGUUAUCUCUUAUAUAUUAAAAGAGAAGCAUUGUAAUAAAUGCAUUCACAUUAUAAUAGGCAUGUGGCAAUUUCACAAUGAUUUGAUAAUAAGUAUGCUAACGCGUUCACAUUAUAUUCAUAAAUGUGUUCACACUAUGUACUUUGCGAUUUUUUUAAUAUAAAACUCACAUAAAUGGUUC